CCGCCACUUCCGGGAGAGACGGCCAAGACACUCAAGCAAAUUGUAGGAGAGCUAACUUUUGGAAAGAACAAACGAAUUAUUUUCAUCAUCGCGCGACAGCACUCGGGAGAAGUUGUUGGCUCAUGGGUCAUGCAGGGCUUUUUACGUUUUCUACUAUCGAAGAGUCCCUACGCUCGCGUGCUUCGAGAAAAAUUCGUGUUUCACAUAAUCCCGAUGGUGAAUGUACUAAGUGUCAUUUACUUUUUUCAUGGUCUAUUAAACAAUUAGAUUCAACACUGAUCCCAUCGUAAUACAUUUCGCUCUUCCUUCGAGUCUACUCGCAUAGGUUCUUCCGCGUUAUUGUGCCGAAAAUGAUUAGACACCUUCAUGCUAUUCUCCAAUCGCAAGUGUAACUUUUCUGAGUAUCUGUAGUACUCUUCACGCACGCACGAUCUUCAACUCUCGUCCUUCUACAGAUUGACGGCGUCGUUUAUGGGAAUGCACGUUGUACGCUAGCCGGCGUCGAUCCGAACAGGGUUUGGAAUGAUCCAAAUCCGAUUAUUCACCCUGUGAUUCAUCAAAUCAAGGAAUACAUGCGAUGGCUUCCACCGGAUUCCAUCGAUAUCUUUCUGGAUUUUCACGGACAUUCUGCUAAAUGUGCUUCGUUUUUCUACGGUUGCCAAGAACACACAGACGCGAAAGUACUCAAGUCUGCUUGAAUAGAUUUUUGGAUGCAUGGAGAUUACGAUUAGAAGGCUUUAGUUGGUACAGGGAAUUCUGAGGCAGUCAGCCAAACAGAUUUAUACCAUCAUCAAGUCGGUACAGAUGAAGUCUUCAUUGCAAAACUUGAUUCCAUUAUCGUGAUACAAAACUAAAGGCUGCGCUUUUUCCCAAGCUCGCUUCGCUCACAUCGCGCGAUAUUUCGUUUGAGGACUGUCGAUGGCAGCACGGUAAGUCACACACGAAAAGCGCGCGUGCGGUGGUCGGGA